AUGGCCAUCGGCCUUGCGGCGGCGUCCCACGCACGCCAGUGGGGGCCCGGCCGCGUGAGCGCGUGCCGCGCUGUGCUGUGCUGUGUGUGGACCCAGCAGCAGCAGCAGCAGCAGCAGCAGGAGCACGGCACGCCGCAGACAGCAGCCAGCCAUGCCGCGACACGCCGAAGGACUGGUCGCCGCCAGGUCCUGCGACAGCCUCGCCAGUUCCUGCAAGGAGAGCGACGCGCCGGAUGCGGACUCGCAGAGCCACACGUUCCGCUGCAAAGUGUUCAAGCGGCCGCGACCGUGCAACCUCUGCCACCAGCCCAUCCACCAGCAGGGCAGCUGCUGCAGAGUGUGCAAGUUCGUCUGCCACAAGGCAUGCGAGAACAAGGUAAGCACAUCUCUGUUAACCACUUCUGCCAUUAAGGAUCGGUGA